AUGUUAAUGAAAAAGAAAUACAGAGGAGGAAAAGAGACAGAGACUGAAAGAAGCAGAAGCACUGGCAUGCGCUCAGCUACAGCAGAAGAGGGGAAAUUCCACGUCAGUGUCUGAGUUUCGCUGAAAAACCCGAUUCUUUGGAGGCGUUGCUAAUUUGUCUGCUAUCGAGCCAGAGACAUCAAUCAUUAUGUUUCUUCAUUAUGGGGUCAAAGAAAACACCGUCUUAAAGUUAGAGAGUGACAUGCUGCUUCUAUUGAUCAGCAGUCAAACUAAUUACUCAGCUCAUCUAAAAGCACAUACUGCGUGUAUGUGUCCUUGCAGGGGCAGCUUCCAGGGUCGAAAUAGAUCAGCUUCCAUCACUAAUUAAUGAUGCUUGGAAAUAGAUCAAGGCAUAAUGCUUGCUGUUGGAGUUCAUAACGGCGUUGUACCUAACACUGACCGAUUCAGAGAAAAUCGCAGUACGACGUCAAUCUUUCAGACGAGACGUACAUAUUUUGCUCCGUCUGAACACACGGCCUCAUUGCACCAGAAUAGUGGCAAGGUAAAAGGUUGGCACUGCAGCUGGGGCUCUUACACAGAUUGUCACCCGGGGUUUAAGGGCCUGCUGUGUAAAUUAGAGAUGACUUAUCACAGGCUUUGUAUUGAACAGAGCAGUGCAGCAGUAGAAACUGGUCCAGAGGGACACGGAGGAGGUUGGAACAAAAAGUCCUCAGUGACUGUUAGAAAAAGGAGAGCAUUUUAGUAUUUCUUUGCAGGAUUAGACAUGUAUACGCACUUAAACUCAAGACAGAAGGGACUUGUACAGUAUGAAGCUUUAUCAGUGACAUUGCAGGUGUGAUCUCAGUAGAAAAGGAUCAGCAUCAGCACGUGGAAUUACCCUUCUUUGAGAUAAAAACACACACUGCAGGUCUAUUUUGAAUAUUCCACAAAGGCGGCAUUAUGAAUGCACUUCACUCUCCAAUCACAUGUAGUGAGUCAAAGACAAUACGCAGCAUCAGACAGAAAACUUGGCGCCGACACACAGCACAAAAUCUAUAAAGAUUCCUGCAGAUGCCAAGGCCACUAUCUCCAUGGCUACCGGAUAUUGCAGCAUCAGGUCCAAAUCAAAUUCUUGGAGGCUCCUUCUGCCUCUCCGGCUUCCCCCUGGAUGUAUGGGGUUGUGGCGGCAGAAGCCUUGAGUCAACAACAAUACAAGAGAGUUGGCAGCAGCAGUCGUCUUAUUGUUGUCUGGGUUGGCCUUUUUUUUAUUACGUGUGCCUGACCUGUACAGAGGCUACAGUGAUUGCAUUUUUUUGUCGUCUCUUGUUAAGAUUUAGAAAUGACAAGAAUCGGAAAGGUCCGUGUUACACUUUUGUGUUUAUAGGACUUCUUAUUUGUAAACUCCGGCUCUGUUCAGUGUGCCUGAAGCUGGUGUAUGGUUUAGGUUGUGUCAUGGCAGAAAGACAUUGUGAAAGAGAAAAAGGAAAUCCAGACAAACUCUUUGUACAUACUUUCCUAUUGUUGUUACUUCCUCCACACUCAGCUUCUGUUUCUUCAUACCUUUCGCCACUUUGCAUGACCUCUGUUUGCGCCCGUGUGACUUAUUUCAUUCUUUUUCUCCUCCACUCUAUUUGCUGUGUUUUCCCUGGUUUCCUCAUUCUCUCCCUCCCCUCCUUCCUCAUCUUCAUUGGAAAGGCAAGGGCAGUGUUGCUGUAACUGAACCAGCACUUCCUGGUGUUGUUUUAAGGGGGCGUGGCCAAGCCUCGAGCAGGGUAGAGAGAGGGAGGGAGAGGAGACUGCAGGAUCGGUAAUGCCCAGUGCAGUCAGAGCCCCCUCCUCCUUCUCUUCUUCUCCCUCCUCCCUCCUCCACAGCUGUUGCUACUGCCACCCAGCGAGCGCCACUUUUCCUCGGGCAGCAGACAGACGAUCCAGAGGCUGGGGGAGUCAGUAGAGACACAGCCCAGUCUCAGCCCAGCUCAGCACAGCCCUGCUCAGCCACUUCAAGAGGCAGGGGAGGGGAGACACUAGCGCACACGGCCAACGCUGCAACGCACAUGCACACACAGACAUACACACACACUCACACACACACACACACACAGAGUCACAGACAAACACUCCUCCUCUCUCUCUUCCUCCCUCUCUCUCCCACUCCAGCGCUCGGCUCUGCACAGCUCCUCUACUCAUUCGCUGCUGAUUCACUCGCUCACUUGCUUGCCUCUCCUCUGCCAGUCGCUCUGCCUUGCUGCGCUCUGCCUGCCUGCCUGAGAAUGGUCCAGCCGGUGCCUGGGGGUCUGCUGUCGCGGCCUGUCUGAACACACGCAUAAACACAGAGUCAAUCGACAGGCGGAAGCACAGCACACACAAACCUGGAGAGCAAUGUGAGAGGUAAGAGCCUGGAUCAUAGCCCUCCUCCUUGUCUCAUUGGUUUAUCUAGAUCUUUCCUCCUGUGUGUGUGUGCGCUGCAGUCUUUACUUUCCAAAGUAAGCUCCUGUGCAUUUGAGCAGAGGCAGCGAUAUGGGGAUUGUUUGCUCUAGUGUCUCCUGUGUCCGUGUGCCUCCAGUAUGUGGGCCACAGGGUUAACAUCCAUUUGUCACGUCUUGUUUUAUAGUUAUAGGCACACACACAAGAAGACACAUUCUUGGCUCAAAGCAGACAGUCAUACAAUAGCUCCUUCCUGAGGGUAGCGCUAGUUAGCAAGAAAAUUUUGAUAGUGUGUGUGCGUCCUUGUGUGUGUGUGUGUUUGGAGGGCCGUGGUUGUUCCAGGAAGCAGUGGAGAGGAUCAAUAGAUCGCCCACUCAGCUUUCAUUCCCUUCGUCUGACUCAACAUUGGACAUGUUGGGAGUUAUCCUGCAGGGCUUGCUUAACAAGAGAAUGGCACAUUCUGCUUCUCUCUUUGCCCCCUUCCCUCCCUUGCUGCGUCAGCCUAAAGGGAGAAGCAUGGUUUUGCAUGUGUGUUUCUCCGUGUGUGUGUGUGUGUGUGCUGUGUAAGGCAAACUCCCGCCCCACCGCAUGUAAAUUAUGUGUGACAUGUGAAGCUGCUGCUACCUUAUAUGGCUAGCACAGUAUUUCAGUACAGUUGGAUCUUGCCAAGCAUUCCGGGUCGCAGGAGGAGAGAGUGUGUGAGAGGGUGACUCUGUCUGUGGGAGUGUGUGUGCAUUACUGUGUGUGUGACUAAGUGAGUGUUUUCAUGCGUCUGACAGAGGGGGAGUAACUGAGAGGAAGAAAGUUGAAGAAGGAAAAGAGGGGUAAGAACGAGAGAGACAGGGAGACGGAGACCAAGUAAAUGGAGGGAUUUUACUUCUCAAUGUCUGGACUGAAGUGAAAGUAAGUAGACUCUUACUUAAGUUAGACUUUAGGGAGGAGAUUUCCCUAUUAUGUGUUUGGUUCUUCUGGGAGGGAAGUUUAUCUUUGUGGCUAAACAGACUGAAACUGUUUUCUUAUACGCAUAUAUCGAAUCAGUUUUCGUAGAAUAUAAAAAGUCAUUCAUUUCCUACGGAGAGUCCAAAAGCUGUUGAAACAACACCAGGACAUUUCAGGUAAAGCUCGGAGAUCUUCGUACCAACAGACGUUUCCCCCUUCCUUAACGUCCUGGUCCCUCUUUGUCCCUCUCCUCACCACCUUUGCCCACCCUCCUCCGUCUUGUCUCCCUGAGCGUCCUUCUUGGUGGUGUGUCCGUGGUUGAGGCGAUGAUGAGGAAUGUUGUUGUUUUGACUUAGAGGGAUUCAGGGUGGUUCAGACAGUAGCACACACACACACACACACACACACACACACACAAGUGUACACACACAUGCAGGCAUGCGCAACAAAGACAGAUGUGCAGCAGAUUGCAUUGUUGAGACUUUGUAAAAUCCCCAUGGUAGCUCCGCUGCAGGUUGACUGUCAUUUUAUGACUAGCAGUAGCAGGCAGGACGUGUUGCCUGUCGGUGUCAUUGUGAAAGAAACGGCUAAUAAGGUCAAAGAUAAUUUCCUCUUUCUGCGCGCUGUUGUAUAUAGUAUGUGUGUGAGCUCAGGUGCCGACUGCUCUGCUUUUAUGAGUGUUGCUUAUGAUCUAGGAUCUGCCCUACAGACAGGAUUAUGUGCAUGGCUGAAUCUGCGCUGACAGGUUAAGCCUUUAUUACAUUAGGUAUUCUCCUUAUGUUCCUACUGUGUUAUCACCACAUUUCAGCCCCUCUGAGCGACAGAGCAACAGUUUUCACAUGGCUGUGGCUGAGUGAGACACUUUCCACUUAAAUUCCGAGCUCAGCUUAACUGUUUGUUUUUCUCUGCUGAAGGAGCCAAUAAUUGCUUAUUAGAUAUCAUUUCCCUGUGUCUACCCUUCCGUGUGCUGCACAACAGAUUUAACAAGCAGGGCCUUCACCUUAUCAAAGCUGUGUAGUAAACUUUUUUUUAGUCCUCAAACAUAAGACAUAUAUCUUUUUAUGUACAUUUUUAUUUAUUUGUUUUUUAUUCCACUACCACUCUACCUCCAGGAAGUUGCAAUAAUACUACCAUGCUGCUAUGAUCCUUUGUUUUGACCCUUAGUUUUUAUUUUUCUUAAACACCAUAGGAAUAGAAUGCUGUGAUGUGGAAGCCGAGCAACAACAUUUCGUAGUAGAGAGGAAUCAUUGCUUUCUGUGCAACGACAAUAAAGAAAGUCUGAGUUAAAGAUUCACAUAUGAACUCAAGCCUGUCCUUGUUUUUCUGAACCCCAGCUACAGCUUUUACAUCCUAAACCUUGUCAUUUCUGAAGACCAACAGCUAUAACACUUAAUAACACACUCCUGCUCCAGCAGCCACGUUCUCUCACUCCCAUCCCCUUUCUCGCCACCUUUGUCUCUUUUCUUGUUUAAAUUCGAUUUGUCGUUGUAGAUGUUCGGCACGGUAACGCUAGUCCUCUCUGAAAAUUAUUCCUUUUAUGAAAAUGAUGACAAACUGUGCGAGUGAAAAUUAUUCUCUUCCUCCUGUCUUCUAUUCAACCUCUCCUUACGUCUUGUUUUACCUCUCCUUCGGUAUGUGUGGAGAACUGGCCGCCUAUGUCUCACUCUCAGCACAUUGACACAGACAGCAUAAAUGUGAGCCGAUGAGCCACUCAUUAAACCAUAAGGCCGCCAUUAUCCUCACUGUCCGUUGACUUCACCACAUCCUCGCACACACACAUAAAAACAGACAAAGAUGCAGUGUCGCGCACAUUCAGAUAGUCUACCCCGCUUAAGAAUACUCAGUGUCAGGACAUAUAAAGGUUUGUGUGUCUGUCUAGGUUUGCAUUUGUGUGUCUUGUCACUGCGUGUUUGUAUAUGUGUGUGUGUAAGCGGCUCUGUCCAUGUAUGCUAAACAAGAGAUCUAAUUGUCCCCAGAGGUUUGCUCUCAGAGGAAUCAAUAGGCAUUGUUUGUCGUGCGUUCCUCGCAUAAGACUUACUUUCAGAGCCAUGCAAUCUAAACCAAUGAGACAUAAAUCGUUAAGUGAACAUUUAUGAGGAGAUGAUGAAAUUAUAAGCUGUGCUGACAUUCAAAUAAACGUGUAAUUACAGAGAUUUUGUUUUUGCAAACUACUUCGUGGAUAAUGUAUUCAUUAUAAACCACAAUUACAACUAAAAUGUAGAUAUAAAGAAGUGUAUUCAGCAUUUCUUUUAAAUGCAAAUGCGCUUUCGCUAUUGCCCUUAAGCCCAUUAAAUGCGGACCUUGCUUGGUGCUAACUCUCGACCAACAUGAAAGGUCCAAUCAUCAAAAGAAACUCUGUUUACUCGGGGAUGUAUGUGGUGUAGAGGAGCUGUGGUAGAUAGAGUAGCAGUACGAGAGGAGAGAUCAAGAGACUGCGAAGAGGACAUGCUCACAUGUACACAUAUGCACGAGAGUGUUCGCGUGUAGGUGAAGGUCAGCGAGGGCAAUAUUGACAUGCUAUAUUCUGAGCACAUGGAGCAGCAGCAGAGAGAACAGGGGUGUUGCAUUUCCUUCAGCGUCCUCGGCGGUGAUGACCUGGAUCAGCACACUGUCACCCUGAUUCCACCUCUGUCAAUGUGCUGAAAGCUCUCCUUUUACUUAACAGCAGCAAACCGAACACUUUUCUUGCUACGGCCAGAGCAUAAAAAAAAAAGAGAGGUCAGGCUGGAAGCUAUAGUCUAUCGAUUAGGUUUCCAUAGCGUUUUCUACAAUAUUACAAAUGCCAUAUGUGUACUUCAUUUGCUAAAUCUCCACUCAAACAGCAUUGGUUAACACAGGGGUGUGAUUAUUUGAUUAUCCCGAAUAGAGCCGCCAGCAUCUUGUGACCUUUGGUGUUGUGUUUUGUAAAACUAGACUAACAGUGUGUCAUUUUUUGAGGCAGUCUUGCCAUUAAUGUGAACCACACCCUCUCUGUGGUUGUCUCCAGCGCUCAGUCACAAUGAAAACUUCGAGACCAGCCCAGGUUCGCAACAAGCAGUCAAGUAAGACAUGGUUUAAAACAGCUCUCUGUGUUGAGGGAAACCUCAUGAAGUGUGUGAGUGCCAUCCAUCACGGCGCGCUGUGAAAAUCGCUGGCAGGUUUUUUUUUUUUUUCGCUUAGUUUGUGUUUUCAGUGAAAGUGAAGAGUGGAUUUCGACAGCGUCUCUUACUUGUUGAGGGCAGAUUGUUUUUGUGGCUCAUUACCAAGAGAAAGUAAGAGAUAGGCAGGAUUACUGUUCAUGUCAGAAUCUGUUUGUGCUGUUGAGGCCUAUGCUGCUGUCACAUGACCAGAGCUGAUGGUUAUACCCUGUCAUAAAAAGAUACACUUCCUCCUUUCGCGGCCAUGUUACAGUAUGUUUUUACCACGUGUUUUAAGAGGAAUUACAGGCACACGGCCUCUCUUUUUUUUUUGCAUUCGCCAUCGCCUCCCCCCCUACCUUUUAGUGCAGUUGACCUUGCACCAGCUUGCAAGACCUUGGAGUCAGAGGGAGGGCUGUUGAGGAUACUGGGAGGGAACGCAUACGGGCCAGACAGUCACAUUAAGGGCACAAAGUGGAGACAGUUGGGUAAGGUAGAAAGAACAGAAAUAGCUGGAUAGACUCGUCAAAAGCAGUUUAAAUUCAGUGGUUAGAGCUUAGAAGUAAAGCGCAUUAAACAGUCAUCUUUUUGUAUUGGAUGCCUUGGAGACAGAGAGCAUCAGCAGUUGAAGUGGAAUUAGACAGAGGGAGUGGCGAACCAAAAAGAAAGACCACAGAGAUGAAAAAAAUCAAUAAAGGAAAAACGUCCAUGUCCAGACACGAUAGAUCAUAAUGAGCACUGAUUAUCACUCUGGCAAUGUCUUACACCACACUGCAUCAUCUUGCUCUCACAGCUUUGUGCUCAUCUGACUCUAAUAGAAACCAUAGAAACAGAUUAGGCAGCCCAGCAGAACGCAGGGGGCGUCAGCUUUUUUAUACAUCAGGUCAUCAUAUUCUCAUGUGAUUGAAGACAACCCCUGGUGUCUCCUCAGAUAUAUAAAAAAACUUUCUAAUAGAGGUCUCUAUUCCACCUCAUUAGCUGAUAGAGAACUUGAGUUUGAAAAGAUCCUUCCUCACCUACACUCGGCUUAUUACGAACUAAGUCUUUGCCGUAUGGUCAAAUAUGUGUAUCAUCAAGGUAAUGUGAUAUUAAAAACACAGGCCCUGAAGCAUACAGGGUUACAGUGUAAGAAAAGACUUGGCUGACUUGGCAUUUCUGCACACACAGGAAUAGAAACAUGCCCUUAGAAAUGUAAACAAAGUAACAGCAAAGUGUUGAAUUAGUUAUAUUACAAAACGAGGCGUUUGACACAGUCAGUCACUUUUGGUGAGAUGUAUUUUAGGAGAUACCGUAAAACUACUGCUUCUCAAAUUAGAACCACUUUAUUGAAUUGAUCAAAAGAAGAAGACCGUGUUUGUUAGAAGUAGAGCACGUCGGAGGCUUGGGAUAUUAUGCCAGCACUCCAAAGGUCAUCUGUGGCAGUGACACAACUUUUGCAAUCAUACAGUUCAACCAAGGUGAAACUACGCAGUGUCCUUCCUGUCUCUCUCUCUCUUUCCUCUCUCUCUCUCUCUCUCUCUCUUACCCCUCUGUCUGUCUGUCUCUCCCACUCUCUCUCCCCUUUCCCUCUCUCUCUCUCUAUGUAACAUUUAUCCACGAUGCUGGGUCAUCAUGACCUGAUCCGUACUGCUGCAGGGCUCUGAUAUACCGUGUUGCAGUGUUGCAGUGCUGUAAAGUUUAGAGCAUUGCUGAAGGUGCACACGCUGUUCUGGGAAAAGCGAUUUCUCUAAACAGGGUGUGGCCGGUUACCCUGAACUGUGUGAUAAGAGCAGAGCGGGCCCCCGGGAGCCCCGUCAUACAAAUUCUGCGCACAAACCCAUGUACAAUGGGUUUACCAAAAAUAGAAACCGCAAGCAAGACUGCAAAAUACUCAAGGAUAAACACUUUGCAACCCAUGAUAUGUUCGGCGUGUGAUAAAAGGAGAAUUCGCAAACGAGUGUAAUAAUAAACACGGUGUAAUCACGAGUUCACAUCUGUGGGAGAUAACCACACUAUUGCUGUGAUAAUGAUGAGGUUCUUGUUAUUAUAAAAUGCGUCACAACUUGGAAACAAUUAUUUCCAAGGAUGUUUCACGAAGGUUGCUCGUUCGAAGGGAAAAGUACGGUGCGUUAGUGAGAAGCAGUUCGUUAUAGCAAAAAAGUAAGCAGAGAGAUCAGUUCAGUCUGUGUCUCUCUUCCUCCUCUAACAGCGAGCAGGUCAGCCCCCUCUUUGCUCCUCCCCCUGCUCUCACCUGGCGCUAAGCCCAGAAUGUUGCUGCAACUCCGCCGGCGCUCAUUGGUCCCCACUCUCACACCGCUUCGCAAGAAGGGAAAUGACUAACCUCUUCUCCCACAUGCCCUGCCUCGACUUCCCCUCUGCUUUCACUCUCUUCCUUUCUUUCACCUCUAAACACAUUUGCAAUGGCCGGUCUCGCUGUACUCAACUGUAAGUGAUACACGAUUUGAUCUGAUUUUCCUACAUCCACCAGGGGAGGAAGAAGUUGUGAAUGGCUGCUUUGUGCAUUUCAGGGCAUGUAUUUGUGUGUCUGUGUGUGGUGUGGCGUGGCGUGAUGAGCCUGUGUGCGCACCAUGUGUGUUUAGAGUGCAGGGCGGGUGAGCUUUUUAUUUGUUUUAGCUGACACCCCUGCAUUUCUGACAUUUUUACUUAUUCUUCAAUCCCGCAGCUGCAUAACUGAACAUUGGCACAAGUGUAGAAAAUUCUGCAGGUCUGAACCUUCGACGAAAGUAAAAUGAAACAAAGAAAUAAACCUGAAAGUUAUCUUUGGAUGUGUAUCACCGGAGUAAUCUUUCUGUCUUUGCCUCCUUUCUGUCUCUCCCUCCAGAGGAAGUGCCUUCCCUGAUGUCUGCUGCAGCUUUGACCUGCUUCUACAGCUGAAACGUCACCCUCCCUCCUCCCCCCCGCCUCGCUCGCUUGCUGCCACAGUAACACGAGUACAAGGACAGCGACCACACCCUCCUCGCAGCCUGCGCUCCGACCUGCUCGUCCAUCCACCACCAUCACCAUCCACUCCUCGCCUGAAGGCCAACUGCCAACUGCUCUCAACAAACAGACCAGCCUUACCACAGCAGCCCGACACACCACCAGGCCCACGCAGCAUCUCACCCACCCUGCCUUUAACCUUCGCCUUUGACCCUCUAAGCCUCCACUCGGUCCUCAGUGUCCUUAACCUUCCUGUUGCAGGCUACACCCAAACUAUCACCUUUGUUGCCUGCUUCACUGCACCCAACCAGAGGACUCUGUCGUUCAUCCGUUUGCCUCCUUGGCUUGUGAAUGUUGCAGAGGAGAAUCCAAACCAAGAGCAAAUAAAUUGUGAGGCAGAGUUGUCUUCAGGAUACAAACAGUUCCUCUGUGGUUGA